UAAACUCUCUCAAAAUAAGCAAUAAGAAUAUACAAUUAACAAAGCCUAGAAGAUGAAACAAACUCUCAUCUCCUUCUCCUUCCUACUCCUCAUCCUCCCUCACACCACCAUGAGUUUAACUCAUCUGGCUCCAGCUAAAGCCCCAUCCGCUGACCUGGCUGCUAAAACCCCAGCUCUAGCGCCUACUAAACCAACAGUUCAACCCCCGACUAAAGCAAUAGCCCCGGCUCAUGCACCCUCAGAAGUACCCCUGGUUCAAGCUCCCUCUGCAGAGCCAUUGGUUCAAGCUCCACAACGCAAGAUCAAACCCGAGCCAACCGACGUUGCCAAAAUUCUCGAUAAGGCUAGCACCUUCAGUGUCUUCAUCCGCAUACUCAAAAGCACCCAAGUAAUCGAGCAGAUCGAGAACCAGCUAAACACUUCCAACAGCCUGACCAUCUUCGCCCCCACUAAUGAUGCCUUCUCUGCCCUAAAACCUGGAACACUCAACUCUCUCUCCACCGAACAAAAGGUCCAACUAGUACAAUACCACAUCCUUCCUUCCUUCGUUUCCAUCUCAAACUUUCAGACUCUUAGUAACCCUGUCCGCACACAAGCUAGCAACACUAAUGAGUAUCCUUUGAACAUCACUACGCAAGGUAAUUGGGUUAACAUGUCCACGGGUCUGGUCAAUACUACUAUUUCUGGCACAGUCUAUGCCGACAACCAGCUAGCUAUUUAUAAAGUCGACAAGGUUUUGCUCCCUCUGGCAAUUUUUUCACCGACCAAGCAUAAGGCCCCUGCACCGGCGGCACCAGCACCACUGGCGAAGUCUACCAAAGGAUUAGCUGGGUCAGAUUCGUCGUCAGACUCGUCGUCUACGUCCACAUUGGACAGCCCAGUUGCUGCGGUGCACGCGUCUAAUGCUUUUCGACCUGCUAGAAAUGCCAUGGCAGCAAUUGGAGUUGUUCUUGGAGCAACACUUUUAUUGUGAGAGUUAAAUAUUACAAGUCCCUUUGUGGUGAAUUAUUAUGGGUGAUACUAGCAUGUCAUCAGGAUGGGGGUUGAUGAUGAUGAUGAUGAGUAGUUUUUGAAUAAUGUAUGUUAGCGUUAUAGCGUAUUUAUUAGUACAUGAUGGUAUUAGCAGUAGAUAUAGAUUUGUCAUUUGUAUUUCUCAUCUUGUUCUAAUAUUUCAGUUAAUUUAUAAUUUACAUUCGCCCUAUUAUUUUUUGGUUAAA